AUGGAGGCCAUUUAUGGCGUCGUCGGCCUGGAGCAGGAAGUCUGUCACUGGACUCAGGCAUCCUGUUCUUUCAGCUUCUUGCCAGCUUCCCGUGCUCCCCCUCACCCUCUGGCUCCCUCUUCUCCCCCAUACCCGGCUCCGCUCCGGUCCCUGCACCCCCGACCCCGCAAGGCCCGGCUGGGCGCGCUGCUCAGCUUUGCACUGCGUGCCGCGGUGGCCAGCGACCAGUACCUCCUGCAGGUGGCGGACGCAGGCAACCACAGCAGCCACCCCCACUCGCGGCUCUGGCGCAUCUGCGAAGGGCAGAACAGCUGCAUCCCGAUUGACCCCUUUGCCACUGAGAGCCUUGACGCCUCCACCUUGGCGCAGCACCUCAUGUCGCUGCGCUGAGCCCUCGUGGUGGUCCUGCCCCCGAGCCUCGUCCUUGUCGUGUGCGGCCGGAUCCGUGGCCUCCUCGGCUCCCCGGCCCAGAGCUUCCCCCGGCUGCUCUUCAUGGGCUGCCGCUUCUUGUUGGGGGGCCCCGCUGCUCUGAGCGUGGGGCCCACCCUGGCCGUUGAGCUGCAGCAGGCGGGGGCGCCCUGGAUCACCCUGCCAGCCACCCACCCGCUGUCCCCAGCUGCCCACGGCUGGCUGUCGCUGACCGUGGGCGCCCUGACCCUGGCAGGGGUCAGCACCUACAUCAGCUACUCACACCUGGCCUUUGCUGACACGGCCCGCCAGGACGGCCCCCGACACGUGCAGGACAUCUGCAUCAGCUUUGGCUGGUCUGUGGCCCUGGCCUGGGGCUCCUGUCCCUCAGAGGCACCCAGCGGCAUCCUCCUGGUCACAGAGGCUCGAGCCCUCAGCCUGAACGCAGCCAGGCGCCCCCCACUCUGUGGGCAUCUGAGUCCCAGGCAGGCAGGUCAUGGCAGAGGGGCUCGGUACCUGAGUCAGGCGGAAAAGCUACCCCAGUCCUCAGGAGGGGGCAGUUCGAGAGAGAAGCAGGCCUUUGUCCCCGUCCUGGUGCUGCUGCUCCUUCUGAGGGGCCGGCGCUCCAGGACCCGAUCCUGGUCUGCAGCUCCCUGGGGAAUGUCUGUGAUUGCCAGGGCCGUGUGGGCCCCUGAACAAGCAGGUUCAGGGCCCUCCUGA